CUCGCUCUCCUGAUCAUAUAUAAAACCCACCAAGAUGGCUGCAAGUGCAAGAAUUAUUUUUCUUUUCGCCUUUUACUCUUUUCAUUCUGACAAAUUUUUUUCUUUAAAAUACGCUGGUCGUAAACAAACCCCCCUCCCUCUCUUUAGCAAACAAUAACAGCAACAAUAACAUCAAAAUAUGUAUCGCAACGUUUGGCUUGUCUCGAUUCUCCUUGCUACCUUGAUCCUUUGUGCAGCGACAUUCACCACGGCUGCGCCAGUGCCCCGUUCGUUAGAGAAGCGGGGUAAAACCUACGAGGGCACAGGAACAUGGUUCCUUCCCAAGGAAGAAGGCGGUGAAUAUGGUGCUUGUGGCCCCAAGGAGAACAACUAUUCCAUGAUCGUGGCAAUGAAUGCCAAGCAGUACGGCAGCAUGAGCAAGAAGAGCAAAUGGUGUGGCAAGAAGUUGCGCCUAAAGGGCCCCAAUGGCUCUGCUACCGUCAAAGUGAACGAUGCUUGUCCAGGUAACAACACACUACCUCUCUUACCACCCAAAAAGAUCCUGUUGUAAUAAUACCUAUCUCGAUUUAAAUGUCUGUGUACUAAAAAAACACCCUCUUUUAAUAACACACUCUAGGCUGUGAUUACGGCGACCUUGAUCUCACUCCCAAAGUGUUCAAAAAA